AUGGGUGAUCAACACAGGGUGAGCCGCAUCGAUGCAGCCCUCUCGCAGUUGUUCGACAGCCUAUUGCCGGCUGAUCCAGCGACAAUCAACGAUCCGACCGUAUUGAGAUGGCUAGAUAAGCUCGUUCACAAUGCUAGAGAUUCAGUCCAUGCUGGGCAAGAAGACGUGCCUGCAGAGGUUAACUCUGCCCAGGACCUUAUCCGCCGUAAGUUACUGAGGGAAAAUGCGUCUCCUGAAAAGGCUGCAAGAUUCAGUAAUUUGUAUUCGAGACUCCUUUCGAUGCCCGUUCUCAACCAAAAAUGGCGCAUACUGUAUUUACUGCACUCACUGUCCGAGAACCAGUUUCCUGUAAAUGGACCGCGUAGUCCUCUAGCAGAAAUUGAACAACAAAAAUUGAGCAAACAGAAGGUUCAGCAAGGGUACCCUCGAUACUACGAGAAAGCCGACAGUGACCAUGAGGAGCCCCCUGACCGGAGAACCUCAGUCGAACCGAGAGCAGCAGUAACAUCUCCAAAGAAAGCUGGCCUAGCAAGCACACAUGAGGUUCGCCACGAUGUGACUAAUAGCCCACCGAAGCCGCAGAUCGCAGAAACCGCAGCUGUACCUUCCGAGCUUGAUCUCCUUAGAGACUUGCCCUUCAGUAUGCAGGGACUCUCAUCCAAGAGUUACCAGUUCGUGUCUCCAACCAUUGUCAAACUGCCAUCUAGCCUGCCUAUACCUAUUAUUUCCCUCCUGCAUACACUAGCCGAACCUUGCCUACUAUACAAGACAUUGACUGUAUUUGUGGAUGCACAAGACGGUGGUUUGGUCAACCAAAGUUUACGAGCCGCAAUUAGCGGCGAAUUGCGCUCGUAUCUUGGCUUGGUUGCAACUCUCGAGGGCGAGAUCAGAAGAGCAUUAACUGCGAUAGAGAAAGGCGAAGAUGACAAAAAAAGUGUUCGAGCUGCCGGAGUGACGUUGAAGAGAUGUGUAAUCUGGACCCGAGAUGCGACCAUGGGUCUACGUUUGAUGGCUUUGAUAGUGGAAGACUCUCAGCGGAAGAGGGGCGGUCAAAUCAUAUCUCUUAUUCACGGCCUACUGGCAUCUCAUGGUGAUCCAUUUGUGGCAGGUUUUGCUGAGCGUUUGCUAGCACAUGUUGCCAGACCAUUCUACGACAUAUUGCGUCACUGGAUCUACGAUGGAGAGUUGGUUGACCCCUUCAACGAGUUCUUCGUCGUUGAGGCUGAUCCCAUGUUGAAAGCAGAUGUUGACCCCCGAAGAGUUGCCAUGUCUGUGUGGGAAGACAAGUACAAACUCGAAGCUGAACUGGUACCAUCGAUCAUGUCAGACGAUUUCGCAAAAAAAGUCUUUUUGAUCGGCAAGUCUCUCAAUUUCAUCAGGAACAAUUGUGGUGACUCGGAUUGGGUCAUCCACUACUCUCAGGCAAACUCAAAAUCGCUUGAUUAUGAAAGCACGUCGCACGUCAAUCUCUCAGCGUCAAUUGAUGCGGCCUAUCAAACCACUAUGGCCCGCCUUACGCAUCUUAUGUCCAACAAGUUCUUUCUCUUCACUCAUAUGCAAGCAUUGAAAAGAUAUCUUCUUCUCGGCCAAGGCGACUUUAUCGAUUUGCUAGUUGAGUCAUUGGCACCAAAUCUCGAUCGUCCUGCUCACUCGCAGUACCGUCACAAUCUAACUGCUCAGCUCGAACAUGCCGUUCGUCAUAGUAAUGCUCAAUAUGACGACCCCGAAGUCGUACGCCGACUCGAUGCUAGGAUGAUCGAGUUGAACAGGAACGAUACAGGCUGGGACUGCUUCACUCUAGAGUACAAGAUCAGUCCACCUUGUGACGUGGUCAUCACACAAUGGGCAAAUACUCAGUACUUGAAGAUCUUCAACGUCAUGCUGCGCGUGAAGCGUGUGGAGUAUAGCCUCAACACAACAUGGCGAAAAUGCAUGACAGGUGCACGUGGUGUACUUUCAGACAUUGACGAGAAACUUCAGGGAGAUUGGAAGAAUGCCCGCUGUCUUGUAGCUGAAAUGGUACACUUUGUCAACCAAUUACAAUAUUAUAUUCUUUUCGAGGUGGUAGAAUCAGCCUGGGCAACGCUACAAAAGACAAUCACGAGGUCUGAUGCAACAUUGGAUGAUUUGAUCGAGGCACACACCAAAUAUAUCAAUACCAUUGUGCAGAAAGGAUUGCUCGCUUCCACAGCUGAACGUGAAGAUGGCUUUCUGGUACAACUGCACAACAUGCUGAAAUGUAUGCUCAAUUAUCGGGAGGUGGUAGAAUCCCUCUACUCUUUCAGUGUUGCAGAAUACACUAAGCGCCAGCAAUCUGCUACUCGCACCGAGAAGCGUACUGCGGCAGGAACUUCGCGGGCAUCCACUCCGGUAGUCGCUGGUGCAAGGGGUGAUCGAUGGUCUGCUAUGAGUGACGAACUCGCCAAAGAUACAGGCUCGCCACAGCUUCUUCCUUCGCAUGCGGGACAUGACUCAACCUUACUUACUGGAUUAAGGAAGCGCAUGAGUGACCUAAGCAACGAUUACCAUACACGAAUUAAUGCUUUCCUAUAUGAUCUUGCACACCAGCCCGAUGUGGAUUUGAGAUUCCUUGGUGUGGUUAUGAAUUUUAACGAGGCGUACAAACCAGUCAAUCCCAGAAGACAGAAAAGAAAGGAGAAGGGCAAGAGUUCCGACGUGCAGAGCCAAGCAGGGGUUUCAAGACCAGCAAGUGUGGUGCCUACAAGUGAUGCUGGUGGGAGAGGAGAAGGUAGCAAGGCAGGCUGA